CUCCCCCAGACAAGAUUGGCUUUUCUCCCCCUUUGCUCCUUUGGGAAUCGAAUCUUAGUAUUAUUGUUUUGUUGCUUGGGUUCGAAGAAGAAGAAAAAAAAGGCAUUGAAUGUUCCUAUUCAGUGUUUGUUCUAUACAUACUUUAUUAUUCCACUAUCGAAACAAUCCAUUCCCGAUUUAGACAUUACCGCAUCCGUUAGUCACAUCACAUGUUGGUGGGCUUGGACUGCCAAGACCAAGACCAAUACCGCAACUUACCUUAGGUACAGCCAAAGCCCAGAAAGAAAAAAAAAUAAAAAUUUACCCAUAGUUGUUCCGGACCCUCCGAAAUUCUUCCGCUUCAUCACGUGCAUCUCUGUCAUCACGUGAAAGACAUUUACCCCCUUAUUAAAUCAUACCUUUUGAUUUGAAGAUUGAAGUCGAAGCCAUGUCGGCAGCACCCGAGAGCAACCCGGUCCAAUCGGGCGGUGAGAGCUCGGCCUCCAACGGCACCACCCCAGCACCAUCGACGGCUACAACCGCAACUUCGCAGUCUAGCGCCCCGGCCCAGGAUGAUUCCCUUCAGUGCCGCUGGACCGGUUGCAGCGAGAAGUUUGGCUCGGCCGAAACUCUCUACGAGCACAUUUGCGAGAAGCAUGUCGGUCGCAAAUCCACAAACAAUCUUAACUUGACUUGCCAGUGGAAUCAGUGCAAGACUACCACCGUCAAGCGAGAUCAUAUCACAUCACAUAUCAGAGUGCAUGUUCCCCUGAAGCCACACAAAUGUGACUUCUGUGGCAAGUCAUUCAAGCGUCCCCAGGAUUUAAAGAAGCAUGUCAAGACACAUGCGGAUGACUCUGUCCUUGUCCGCUCGCCAGAUCAGCAUGGCCCAAUGAACGGAGGUUAUCGGGCUCAAGGAAAAGCUCCGUCUAGCUAUUACGAUCAUACUGGUCAAAUCCGUACUAACUCGGCCGCCUUUGGUCAGCCGCCUCAUCCUACCGGCCACCCAAGUAGUUAUUACCAGCACCACCCUCAAACCUCCUUUGGAGGCCCCAUGUACUAUCAACCCAUGGGCGGUCGGGGUGACCACAUGGGCUACCAAGCUUCCGCCGCUGAAUACGAUAAUCGCAAACGUACCUACGAUGUGCUUAACGAGUUCUUCGGCGAUGCCAAGCGUAGACACCUUGACCCCAACUCGUACGCUCAGGUUGGACAGAGACUUUUACCCUUGCACGGAGUCCUUCCUAUUCACUCCGGCUCCCUCGGGGCAGAGUAUCUCCCAAGUCCGGGUGUCAUGACCGUCGAUGGACCCGCUGGCCAUGGUCCGUACCAACAGCACUAUUCGUUACCCCCUAUGCCGAACGUCCGCACUAAGAGCGACCUCGUCCAGAUCGACCAGCUCCUCGAGCAGAUGCAGAGCACAGUAUAUGAGAGCUCUAACACAGCCGCUGCUGCUGGAGUCCACCAGCCCGGCUCGCACUACCUUCCCUUGAACUUCCGUCACAGCCAGUCCCCGCCGCACUCUGCAGCGCCGCACCAGUCCGCCAUGGCCAAUAAUGCCUACUCGGCGGCUCACGUAGCUUCGCCCUUGACCGCCGUCUCUUCGACCCAUUCGAACGGCACCCCUGCCGUAACGCCCCCGUCGAGUUCCAUGUCCUAUACUUCCGGACAUUCGCCCAGCGCCUCAUCUACCGGCCUAUCGCCCUCGACGCGUCAUAGCUCGACCACGUCAGCGUUAUACCCAACUCUUCCCGCCGUCACAUCCGGCUACCCCGGCCAAUCCGCAACAUCAACCCUCGGCCCCACAUUCGACCCCGAUCCUCGCCGCCGCUACUCAGGCGGCAUGCUGCAGCGCGCCAACGCCGCCGUGCCCAGAUCCUCCCACCUCGACCGCGAGCCCUCCACCACCACCACCCCUCGCGCGUCCGAGUCCGCCGCCUCGGCCGUCAGCUCGCCGUCCGCGGAGUCGGAGGCCAGCAGCGCCGAGGCCCGCGAGGACCAGGCGUACGAGGCCUGGCUCGAAAACGUCCGCGUCAUCGAGUACCUCCGCGAGUACGUCAUCGACCGCAUCAAGCGCAAGGACUACGACGCCGAGUCCCCCGCCGCGUCGUCGGCUGCCUCGGCCGGAGGAAGCGACAUGGAUGUCGAUUCCCCCACGAGACCGCCGAGUCAGCCGGCGUAUCCGGCGCUGCCGCUGUAGUGGGGGAUGGAUAGGGUGGAAGAGAUGAUGUGGGUGAUGAGUGGAUAGGUAUAGGUAUAGGUACAAGUAUAGGGUAGAUGGAGGAUGUACAUAGGGACCACGGCGUUUGACGAGAUGUACGAAGUCUGUUGGUGUCGACUGAGCAUGCGGCACUUUUUUUUUUUUUCUUUUUUCUUUCUCCCUGUCUCUUCUCUUCUUUUCUCGUGUUUUUUUCCCCCUCCUCAAAAAAAGGGGGAUUGUUAUCGAUUAGUUAACCUAGUCGGACUUUGUUUGUCUUCAACAUAACUAACGGAAUUACCUUUUCCGCCGUAUAAAGAAAAGGAAAGCCCCCAGCACUGUGUUGUUUAGUUAAAAGCUAGCUUGAGGAAUGGAAUGGUGCUGUGAUGAAGGGGGACAUUGAUACGAAAACGAAACGAAGAGGGGAAUGAAUGCCAUUCGCUACUCGUACUGGUAGUUAGGUUAGGUUAGGUUAGGUUAGGUACUUAUGCAAGCAAGCAGAUAAUUAUGAACAAACCAUAACUUA